CUGGCAACGGAUGGAGAGAGCGUCAUCCCGAAUUCCCCGACUGGCCGUCCGAUAUGUCCGCGGUGAUCCUCACCUUUUCCAUCCACCCCCAUGGGACAUAGAUCCCCAGGACUAGUGAGCCGGGCAGAGGAAUAGUCGUUCAUAGGGGAAAUCCCGCAUCGUUUGACUCGCAAUUCUCAAUUCCAGUGACGACGCCCCGCCGAGGCUCGACUGUCGUCAUCCGGUCCGCUCGCCCAGACCACCGCCGCCCGCUUGCGUCGGGUCUUGUUCUUAAGCAGCCAAUCUCCCCUCCUCCUCCACCUCUCGCUCGUCCACUUAUCUCCGCCGUUCGUCUUUUCCUUGUCCGUCGGGCCAUGUCUUAUCACCGAUCCAGCCAUUGAGAUCCAAGAAGUCUAUUAGUACCACUAUUAUCUAUAACCAUAUAUACCCAUAGUAAUACCCCGAUCGUUCCGCUGCUCCGGCCAUCGUCCGCCAUCCCUCGUCCUCAUGCCGCUCACCAUCCUCUCCCAAGCGCAGCUCCGCUCCCUCCUGCUGUCGCUCUCUCGCGACCAGAUCCUCGAUCUCCAACACAACUUGGCCAAUGCUCUUCGCGACUAUUCCACCGGUAGCCAGGAAAAGGGUUGCGCUGCUGCCUAUCAGCCCACCCGCACAGCCAUCACUCGCCAGAAUGGCUGCACCACCUUGUUCAUGCCUGCCAGUACAGGCCACACCUUGGGCAUGAAGAUGAUCUCGUUGCAAGAUAAUGGCCAGGCCGGCUGCUCAGUCGACCCAGCCUUGGACCUGCCUCCGGUCUCCCAAGCCUCCUCCAUCCGUGUCAACCAAAGAAAAUCCAUGUCGUCAAUCUCCUCCGAAGGCAGCGAACAAUCCAUGUCCUCCCACGAGGACGCCGAGACCGGUUCUUCCUCCCCCUCCUCCAGCAGCAAAUCCCUUGCCCCCGGCUGCGUGAACCAACAACCUAUCGACACUGGACUGUCGAAUACCAUGGGUGCCUGGCCUGCCGCUGGCACCCGCGAUACAUCCCCCCAAGGAAGCGUGACGCUUCUCGACGAGACGAGCAUGCCUUUUGGUUUGAUUAAUGCUCACGAACUCACUCCCUUCCGCACCGCCUUGACCGCCACCAUGACCCUCAACAAACGCAAGCGAGUUCGCACAGUGGUGGUCUUUGGCGCAGGGAAGCAGGCGUACUGGCAUAUCCGGCUAGCCCUGAUUCUGCGCGGGGAGGGCAUUAAGCGGGUAUACAUUAUUAACCGAUCAUUCGAUCGCGCGGCCGAACUGCUGCGUGAUAUCUACGCCCCCGAGAACGCCAGCUGGCGCGGGGACGUCAAGUUCUCGGCGGUCAGCACAGACUUUGUCGAAUACAAGCGCAUCCUGCACGAUGCGUUGCUCAAAGCGGACGCGAUCUUCUGCUGCACGCCGUCAACGGAACCGCUCUUCCCGGCGGACAUCCUCACCUCGCGCGACGGGCGGCGGAAGGGCCGUCUGAUCAGCGCGAUUGGCUCAUAUAAGCCGCACAUGACGGAGCUGCCGCCCGAUUUGCUGCGGGACGAGGUUCAGGUGCAUAGCUCACACCGGCAUUUCCACAAACAUGUCAAGCGGAGCGGAGUGGUGGUAGUGGAUAGCUUGGACGCGGCGCUGAAGGAGGCGGGGGAGAUCGUGCAGGCGGGGAUCCGACCGCAUCAGGUGGUGGAGUUGGGCGAGUUGCUGAUAGUGCGGGAGGCGUCGCGGGAGGGCGACAGCGAAGACGGGAAAAGCCUGCGGGACUGGGUGGAGCGGGGCAACGUGAUCUUCAAGAGCGUGGGCAUGGGCCUGAUGGAUCUGGUCACGGGCGGCGAUCUGGUGCGGUUGGCGCGCGAAACGGGCGUCGGCACCACUUUGGAGGAAUUCUAAACUUGACCCAACUUAUGCUUCUUGUACUUAUUUGCGAUCUCGAUGGAGGCACGGAUUCGUAAUUGCUGGCCGGUUAUUGUGGGGUGUGCCAUUGAUAUCCAGACUUUGAUUUCUUGAGCGGAACCAGAGUUCAUUUCUUCAUUUCUUUCAUUUGUCCUCCAUCUUUUGAAAUACUGUAGCAUUCCCACCAAUCAGCAAGUUCAAUGCCUCGUUGCCUGACCAGUCAUCCAUCUACCCAGUUCACCUUCCUCCUUGCAGUACUCCGUACAUGACUCCAUUCCCAAUUGACUCAUGCCUAGUACUUCGUAAGUGAAGUGGGUAUAAUUCAUAAAUAUUACUAAGGCCUGUGAUUCCCGGAAAGAGAAAGAGAAGGCGGAAAAGGUCUGAAUAAGAAUAGCAGCAUAAAUACUUAGUAGAAAAUACUUAGUAGAUACUUCGUAACAUAACAUAACCC